AUGCAGUUAUUAAAUAAACAAAUAAAUUUAAGGACAGAGAAGGUUAAAGCAUUAGAGACACUAGAAGGUUAUCCUUAUAUUGUAGCUGGUCUUUACAGUGGAGAUAUAUUAUUACUAACUAUAACAGAUACAUUAGAGAUAGUUAAGUCAGUUAGAAUAUCUGAUUGUCCAGUAAGAGCAGUGGCAAUUUCAAAUUCUAAGAAAUUUAUUUUAGCAGGAAAUGAUGAAGGAAAUGUAAUUAUACUAGAUUCUGAAUCAUUGCAGGUAAUUAAGAUAAUUAACGCUCAUAAAGACUUUAUAAGAUCAAUAACAAUAUCAGACUACAACUCUUGCUUUAUAACAUCAUCUGAUGAUUGUACUGUUAAAUUAUAUGAUUUAAAUAACUUUACAUGUAAACAACACUAUAAAGACUUAAAACACUAUGUUAUGGAUACAGCAUUUGAUAGAACUGAACCUGUAUUUUAUACUGCUUGUUUAGAUGGUAAGAUAAGAGUUUAUUCAAUUCAUAACAAUAAGAGAAUAGACACUUUGUACUGUAGAACUGUUGAUGUUGAAAAAUCAAAGGGAAUCAAAUCAGUUAUUAAAAACAUUUCAAAGAAGAAAAUAACAACCAACUUCAAAUCUUUCAAUAAUUUAAGUGGGUUGAAUUCUGUUAAGUUUAUUUCUGAUGAAUGUUUUGCUACUGUUAAUGAUGAUGGUUUUUUAACUAUUUAUGAUAAGAAUAGAAAAUCAGUUGUUAUGGCUAAUAAACUAUUCAAUCAUCAGGGUAAUAAAGUAAAGUCUUUUAAAUAUGAGAAUGAGGAGUUAUUUGGUGCAGUUUCAUGUGAUGGUAAUUGUUAUAUUUUUAAGGAUUAUGAUAAUGUAAUUGGGUCUAUUGAAACUACCUGUAAAAUUUGGGAUCUUUGUUUCUAUAAAAAUCACAUUCUUAUUGGAACUGAUUUUGAAAUAAUUGCUAAUCAAAUAUCAGUUGAUACUAAGUUAGUUAGAAUGUCUAAUGAUAGAAUAUUUACUUUGAGUAAUUCUAGUAUUUAUAUGCAAAAGGUAGAGGAUAUGAUUGAGAAAGAUUUAGGUACUUUAUCAAAUAUUAAAGAUAUUAUACCUUCCCAAAAUGGAAAAUUUUUAGGAGUGAUUUUUAAUGAUAAUGUAUGUAAUAUUGGUGUUUAUUCAAUAUUGGGAUUGAGAAAGAAAUUAUUUGUAAACAAUGCUUAUGAUAUUAAGUUUGAUAAGAAGGGUUGUGUUUACAUCCAUAAAAAAGACCAUAUUAUCAAAUAUGAUGAGAGAUUUAAUGAAAUUUAUAUGAAAAAGAUUAAAAGUAAUGAAAGUAUGUUGUUUAUUAGUGAAAAUAAGAUUUUAUUAAAAACUAAGACUGGUAUUGAGUUAAUUGAAAAUAAUGAGGAUGGUAAGAAAAUACUUGAAAUUAAUGAGAGUGGUGUUAAAAGUGGUGUAGUUUUAAAUGAGAAUAUAAUUUUAUUUACUAAAAAUGGAAUUAUAGUUUAUAAAGAUAAUAAGAAAGUAGAUGAUAAUUCUAUCAAUGAUGAAGUAACUGAUUAUUUAGUUUAUGAUAAUACUCUUGUUGUUUUAGCUAAUUAUUCUUUAUAUUUCUUAUUGAUAGGAAAAGAAAAAAUUAUUAAGUUCCCAAUUAGGAAAGUAAAUAUUAGUGUUAGUGGUAAAUUGUUAGGAGCAUAUAAUAAUGAAAUAUUUUACUUAGAAAGAAAAAUUGACAGAAUAGAAAUUGAUAAAGAGUAUUUAGAUUGGCAAUGUGAAGUACUUAAUGGUAAUUUACCUUUAGUAAAGGACUCAUUUAGACAUAAAGCCAUCAGUUUCUAUGAAAGUCAAGGCAUGUAUGAAGAAUCUUUAAAACUUUGUGUAAAUGAUAAUCAAAAGUUUGAAAUUUUAGUUAAAUUAGGUGAUUUUAAUAAAGCAGAAGAACUAGCUAAUUCAGAAGUUAAAUUCAAUAGGUUGGGUAAAGCUUAUUUAGAAGAAUUUAAAAAAACUAAAGAAGUUAAAUAUUUAACGAAAAGUAGUGAUUGUUUCUAUAAAAGCAAUGAUUUUACUUCUUUAGUGUUAACAGAUAGUUUUAGUAAUAAAAAAUAUCUUAAAGAGGUUGGAAAACAAGCCAAACAACAAGGUCAAUUUAAUCUUUCAUUCAUGGCUUAUUAUAAGAAUAAAGAUUAUAAAAUAUGCUCAGAAUUAUUAAAAGAUACAAUUUAUUAUGAAUUGUUUAGAAAAAAUUAUCAAUAA